UUCACAGAAUCAACAGGGGCACUCGGUUACUGAUUAGACGGGAUUUUAUAACAUCUCAGAUGACCAAAGUCCCGUUUGGAAAAGCACCAGUAGCCUACCCAUCUAUCUGAAGAAAACAGUCCCUGCAGUUCUGGUCAAAUCAUCUUUCACUGAUCACCAUGAAAGUCGAUGUCAAGGAAGAAAGAGGACCUUGUUGCCCCAAAUUCAAGCUGUUCUUGGCCUCCCUAUCCUUCGUUUACUUUGCCAAAGCCUUCCAGGGGAGUUACAUGAAGAGUUCCAUCACUCAGAUAGAGAGGCGAUUCGACAUCCCCAGCUCCUUGAUUGGAGUAAUCGAUGGAAGCUUUGAGUUCGGGAACCUGUUGGUCAUUGCAUUCAUCAGUUACUUCGGUGCAAAGCUCCACCGCCCACGACUGAUCGGAGCCGGUUGUAUACUCAUGGCAGCUGGAUCAUUCUGCACUGCUCUACCUCACUUCUUUCAGGGCCAGUACCAGUAUGAAACAACUGUUACACAGCCCCAAGUCACCAAUUCAACUGAGAGCAUCCUUCCAUGCCUGGCCAAUCAGAGCCAUGUCCUGAAGAAUGAUGAGAAAUCAGCAAAGGGCAUAGCAGCGUGUGAGAAAGAGGCAGCCUCCCCGAUGUGGAUCUACGUGUUCCUGGGAAACAUGGUGCGUGGAAUUGGAGAGACUCCCAUCACACCUUUAGGCAUGUCCUACCUGGACGACUUUGCCAGGGAGGAGAACACAGCUUUUUACGUGGCUGGUAUACAAACUGUGGGCAUUUUAGGGCCCAUGGUUGGAUUCAUGAUGGGUUCCUUCUGUGCCAAGCUCUAUGUGGACAUCGGCUCCGUGGAUUUAGACACUGUGUCCAUCACACACCAAGACUCGCGUUGGGUUGGGGCCUGGUGGCUUGGUUUCCUGGUUUCUGGGUCUGUGAUGCUUCUGGCUGCGAUUCCAUUCUGGCUCCUCCCCCGGUCUCUCCUAAAGCAAGGUGUGCAACAGGCAGAGAGCGCUGAUGAUUCCCCAAAUGAACAGGACCACUUCAUUCCAGAGACUUCCUUGCCUUCUGAAACCCCACAACCUGUUACCAUUUUGGGGCUUGCUAAAGGUUUCCUGACAUCUUUGAAGAGGCUGUUUGGAGAAAAAGUUUAUGUGCUGAUCGUUUCCACAUCCGUUAUGCAAGUCAAUGGCUUCAUUGGCAUGAUUACAUUUAAACCUAAGUUUAUGGAGCAAGUCUAUGGCCAGUCUCCCUCCAAGGCCAUCUUGUUAAUAGGCAUUCUGAACCUCCCUGCAGUGGCCCUGGGAAUCAUCACUGGAGGGUUUGUGAUGAAGAGAUUCAAGCUGGGAGUUUUGGGGGCUGCAAGAAUAUCCUUCUGUGCCUCUGUCUUUUCUUUCCUUUGCCUCGUCACCCAGUACUUUAUACAGUGUGACAACGCACAGGUGGCUGGACUAACUGUGUCUUAUCAGGGGGUAAAACAGGUGUCAUACCAGCAGGAGAGCCUGCUGUCCCAGUGCAACAUGGGAUGCUCAUGUUCACUCAAACAUUGGGAUCCUGUGUGCUCCUCUGGUGGGAUCACGUACGCUUCCCCCUGUCUUGCUGGGUGCCAGUCCUCCAGUGGUGUGGGUAAAGGCAUGAGUUUCCACAACUGCUCCUGUAUCGAGACAUGGCCUGUUCCCUCAGUCAACUCCUCUGUGGUCUUGGCACAGUGUCCACGGCAGAACUGUGACAGCAUGUUUCGAUUCUACAUGGGCGUGUCAGUGUUGGGGGCCUUUGUCUCUGCCUGCGGGGGAACACCCGGUUACAUUGUCCUUCUCAGGUCCAUUCCAAAGGAACUGAAAGCUCUGGCGCUUGGCAUGCACAUCCUGAUUGUCAGAGCGUUGGGUGGAAUUCCUGCUCCCAUAUAUUUCGGGGCAUUGAUUGACAGGACAUGUCUGAAGUGGGGCUCCAGUCUAUGUGGUCGAGGGGCCUGUAGGCUGUAUGAUUCUGAUGCCUUCAGAAAUGCGUUCCUGGGCCUGAUCUACGGUAUGUACUCCGCAUCCUUCUUGCUGUGGGCAGCUCUCUACAGAAGCCUGGUGAAAAAAUGUAAAAAACAGGCACUGCAGGACCGAGCAGAGAAGUGUGUGCCGGAGGAGGACGAGAAGAACAACGUGAACGGAAACGGUGUUUCUGAAGCCAAUCUGAAGGACGGUGUGGAGCCAGAGAGCGAGUGCGCCUUAUGAGACAUGCCUGUCUCUGCACUCACUGCACUGAGCUUGAUGUUACUACACUCUCCCGCCAGUACACUGGAUGCACCAUACUGCACCUUCCCACCCUUAAACUGUGCCAAAUGGAAUUAUGAGAUACACCGUAUCUACUUCACUGCCUCUAUACUGCCUAUACCUUUCUUACAGUCGCCAUACAUUCAGUGGCCUGACUGCCUCCCUACGUCUGUGCUACCUCGAGACUGCUGCGUUGUCUUGGUGUUCCAAUGUGUUGAGGUGUGAGAACCCUGUGGCCUUUUCUUUAAGCACGUGUUGCAGAUGGAGCCACAGAAUGAGUCACAUGAAGUUGAUCUGUCCACGUUGCGGGUUCUGAGGUCUUUAAACUUAAUGUCCUCUAAAAAAAGGCAUGUUUUAUAUGGAGAAUCUCUCUUCUAGGACUAGGCUUAAUCCGCGUCUGCGAAACCGGCCCAUAUUGUCAAAGCUAAGCAUAAACAGUACACAGAAGUUCACUAUAAAAAUAGGCAAAGAGUCAGAGAAGUUUAAGUAUCGGCCUUUGAGCUGGACAAAGUCCGUCCAUAUUAAUGUGUUGUGUUUGCACAUACAAACACAUGCUCAUGGAUCUUAGACUUCUACUCUGACAUAUUCACUCAUAUUUUCUGUCACUUUGACAUGGUUUUAAAUGCUUCACAUGUAAGUUUCAUACUUGCGCACUUGGUCUCUCUCAUGCACACGCACACACACACAGACACACACACAGGCACACACACACACACACACACACACACACUCGCAUUGCCCACAGUGCAAUGUGAUAUUGUUACUCAUUGUUAUUGUUUCAUUACCAAUGGUUACAGCUUGUAUAUACACCUUUUAUAGUUUAAAAUUGUCAUAUGCCUUGUGCCAUAAUUAUGCAAUAAUGGGUGUAUGAAAAUACUUGAAUUAUAGUGUAAGGCUGUUGUGUGUAAGGAUGAAUCAACAGUAUUUUAAUAUAUUGUAAAUUACAUUACAUAUUUUAAUUUUUUUUACAGAAAUGAAUGUUUUACUGAACUUUUACAGAACUGCUUAAAAACCAUACAUACGUUAUAUAACAUUCCAGUUUGAGGACAGCCUUUUAACCAACUUUGUUCGCUUUUGUCUACAUUGUAAGAAAUAAUUUAUGAUUUCUAUAGUUUGAUUAAUAUAUUUAGUUUUUACUUUGAUUCAUAAUGCUAGAAAUGUUGAACCAAUGGUCACAAUGCCUGGACUUAAUAAAGCGUUUUACAUUG